CAAUAUCGUUGCACAAUUUAGCUGUAUCCUGACUUCAUCCGUUGUUAGCGCUGGGGCCAGCGGGGUUCGGGAUAUUGAGUUACGCCAGUGGAAGGCAAUACGCCGAUGGCCGCUACGAAUGAUCAACAAAGGCCCGACUCAGCGUCUACCAUUGUGGAUCCUGAAGAAGAAAGGCAGCCAAUGGAUUCUUCAAACAAUAGCACAGCGAGACGUAACAAGCCAGAAUAAGGGAAGUAGACAAGCAAUCUGCCAGCUGAAUGGACUCUGGUAAUAAAGGGGUGAUAACAAUAUAUGAUACAUUCUUGCGCUAUUCAAGAUUCUCUAGCGAGCUUACAUUUACGCGGCGCGCUGACAACUCAAGAUGUCGACGCCUCACCUGGAUUCACAGUCAAACCUCAAGACUAUUAUUCUUGAUGGCGGGCGUUUGAUGGAGAUACGAAGACGCCUUCAAAAUGACAAUGACGAUGUGUUAAACAAAGCUUUUGCCAUUUUGAAGAAGAAGGCUGAUGACUGGCUCACCCAAGGACCGUGGUCAGUGAUGGAGAAGACAAAAGCUCCCCCAAGCGGGGAUAUGCACGAUUACACCAGCCAAGCUCCAUACUGGUGGCCAUCACCAGGACCAGAUGGGAAUCCUUACGUACAACGAGAUGGCGAGAGGAAUCCUGAAGUGCUUAAUUAUACCGAUCGCGUGAAUGUUGAAAAAGUCUUCGCCUCGUCAUCGGCUCUUGGCCUUGCAUGGUUUUACUCUGGUAACGAGGCAUACGCCGAGCAUGCUGCUGAUAUUAUCAGAACAUGGUUCAUUAGCCCGCAAACGAGGAUGAAUCCAAACCUCAACCACGCCCAGCUUAUCCCGUUUGCCAAUACGGGUCGUCAUAUCGGCAUUAUCGAUUUCUCACAGUGGUAUACUACGCUCCUGGAUAUUGCCGUCAUUUUAAAUAGUGGCAGUCUCUCUGGCACGUCAGCAGCCAGCUGGACGGCCGAAGAUAUGGAUGAAUUCCGUGAGUGGAAUAGAGAGUUCUUGAGUUGGUUGACAGAGAGCGAUUUUGGCAGAGCGGAAAGAGCGGAAAAAAACAACCAUGGCAGUUUUGCCAGCAUGCUAGUGUCCGCUAUUGCACUGUUUGUUGACAACAAACAGCUUGUACAACAAGAAGCGGCUAACAUCCAACACGAUAUUAAUGAGACUAUCAACGCGGAUGGAGCUCUUCCUGAAGAACUUCGGCGCACUCGAAGCUGGCAUUAUUCCAAUUUUACCUUGCUAGCAUUGACUCGGCUCGCCAUGGUAGCUGAGAAAGCAGGAGUGGACCUAUGGCACUAUAGGGGGCCCCAGGGUCAAGGAAUCUUCAAGGCAAUUGAGUACCUUUUACCUGCUGCAACUGGCGCCGCAGCAUGGGCAUCCAAAGACAUACAUUUUGAACGAUAUGCUGCGGCUGAUAUCAUCCGUACCGCUGCCGAUGCGGGCCACAAAGCAUCACAACUAGCUAUAAGCACAAUCGAACUACCUCCCGAGGGAGACCUAUGGCCACUGAGGCCUGCGCCUGAACAGCUGGAGCCUGUCAAAGUAAAAUUAGAGCAACUUGAGAAAUGAGAAUAGUUAACCUCAAGUAUGAAUAGAAUAGCGAAUAGAAUAGCGAAUAGAGUGGACAAUGGGAAGCAAAGCAAUCGAAGCGAUGUUGCCUUGAAGAUGUUGAACCUAUGGUGGAGGGUUUCAUGGUAAAUCUAAGUAUACAAGGGCUCACAAAAUUUUAAGUUUUAACUACUACAUAUAUUAAGUAUAAAU